CACACACACACGCACUCUCUCUCUCUAACACACACAGUGCCUGGCUCCUAUGUAGAUGCGUCUUUGUAGUGAAUUCUCAGUCAGUGUCUGAGCUGUUGGAUGGGUGAGGAGCCGUCACUCCUUCUUUGAGAGAUAUACAGACUGAUGAUCAAUCGUCUUCAUCAAUGUGUAUGGUCAUAUUUGCUCCGCUUUUUGCUGUUUUUGCAUUUGCAUUAUGUGGCGGAUAUUCUGGGCAGAUAACGGUUAAAGUGGAAUGUCUGGAUAAAACCCAAAGCAACAUCAGUAUCAGAUUCGCCUAUCCGUUCAGACUCCAGCAGGUUCACUUUAAUGCUCUUCUCUGUGAGAGGAAGAGGCAUGAGACUGUUUUUCUCGAGGGAGAUUACUCGUCUUCUGCGCAGUUCUUCGUUACUGUCUCUGUUCUCGCUUUUCUGUACUCCCUCCUGGCUACAGUAGUCUACAUCUUCUACCAGAACAAGUACAGAGAAAAGAACAGAGGCCCUGUAGUGGAUUGUUUGGUAACAGUGGUUUUCUCGGGUCUGUGGUUUGUGAGUUCAGUAGCCUGGGCUAAAACUCUCUCUGGAUUGAAGAAAGCCACAGAUGUUGGUCAAAUGCAGCUUUUAUUGUCUGCCUGCAGAGAUCCAGAGAACCUGUGUGAGACCCUACAAGAACCUGCUUGGACCAAUCUUAACAUGUCGGUGGCCUUUGGCUUCUUGAACUUCUCCCUGUGGGCUGGUAACAUUUGGUUUGCCUACAAAGAGACAGGCUUACACAACUCCGGUCAGCGCCACCUCUCCAGAAGCCUCUCAGAGAAACGCAGCAGUAGUUUCAGGCAGUACAGUCAGUCCAGCUUCGAUCAGUCUGGAACAGGCUUUGGACAGAGGCUCUACAGCCAGGCCAGUUUUGACCUGUCAAGUGGAAACUUGAGCCUGCCGCAGACCACUCUGGGACAGCCGAUGCUGUACAGACAGAUGGGGAGCCCCACCUCCAGAGGACCUCUGAUAUUUAUCAAUGAGAGUCAGUGAAAGAAGAGGACUCAGAGUUACAGCGUAUAGAGCAAGAUAAAGAAAGACAAGAGCCGAGGGGAAGACAAGGGAAAUGACAAGGGGAAGAGAUAGAAAGAGUGAGAAGAUAAAGAGAAAGUAAAUUAGGUUCUGAGAAAUGUGGGUCCUGUGGGACACAAAAAGACAGAAGCUGCAUAAACCGAGACCAGUGGCAGGAUCUGAGGCCACAUGAGUAUUUUCGAGUAAUCGUUCGUUAUUGGCUGAAGUGGUUAUUUUUUGGAUGUUUAAGUAAGUUUGGAUAACGCUUUCUGUAGCUCAGUCGUGUACUUUUUUUUAUGAGUUUAAUAUGGUGAUGAAUUAUGCUUCAGUGUACCAACUUUCAAAUGAAAAUCAAAAAUAUUUAGCCUAUAAAAAUGCAGUAUGUGUUACAAAAUGAUUGUGGACACUUUAGUUUGCAUCCAUUGCUUACAAAAAUGUGAAAGUGCACAAACACAGCUUAUCUAGUCUUUGUAGAGAAGUAUUAACAAAAGAAUAGGACUCUCUAGGUCAGAAAAUCAACCUAUUUGCAGCAUACCUAAUGCCAGAAAUGUGCUAAGGGGGGGGGGGGUAUAAUGCACUUCAGCACCCAGUUUUGGAGCAGUGAAAGUGUGUUCUCUGGAAUAAUAGUACUUUUGGGAUGAGUUUAAAAGUUGGUGAUGAGGAAGUGAUCAACAUCACGAUCUCAAUUCUUACAGCAGUGGAAUCGAAGUAGAGACAGUAGAGACAGUUACUCCAACAAGAACUGUUGAAACUAAUUUUUUAAAUACCCUUGAUUACAGAGGUAACAAUAAAUGAGCAGGACCCAACAUUUCUGCCUGUAUAGUUUAUGAUUAUUUAAAUAUUUAUAUUGGUUAUGUAACAUGGCAGUACUUUAUUUGCUUUACACAAUGUGUUUGAAGUGUAUGAGCCUAAAAAGGCCAGUGAAUUUGACUUUAUUAUUGUAACACUUGCAUCAUGUGCAUAUUCAUUGUGUGCAUACCCUGUGUAAGACGUUAAAAGUGAUUUUAAAUGAUGGACUUCCACAACUAAAUGAGAAACAUGAGAAACUGCACAUAGACUACACUUCCUGUUUGAUAUAAUAAUUACAGUGCACAUUUCUGAAAGCUGCAGUGAUUAGAUAGUAAUUCUUGAGUGAUUGGUGUAGUUUAGAGGGUAAUAACACUACUUUUCUUAUGGCAGACUAGACUUUGAUUCCCUGGACAGACUUGUACAACACACUACACCAAUAGGGCUACGUUCUCACAGCACGGAAAAGUGGCCCAAAAUGUUUGUUUAGGCUGUCCACAUUAUAUUAUUAAUGUGAUCUACAUCAUACCUUUGUCUAAAAAAAGUGUGUGCUCCCAAACUGACAAGUUUGCGCAAAAGCGCAAUGCUUCACGUGAAGUUUCAGUUUCAUCUUUACCCGCAUCACAGGAAUUCCAUUGGCUGACAGCAACAGGCACUUCUCUGGUUUGCAUCCUUGGUUUCUUUAAAAUAUUUUCUUUACUUGCCACAUCCUUCCAUGGCCAUGUUUAGUUUGAAAAUGUUGUUUUCUUUGGAAAUGUUGAAAACGUUUUCAAACACAGAGCAGUUUCAAUAUGUGUGGAGGUGCUAUUCCACCGCUGAAAACCUCCCUCAUUGCUGUUGUCCAUUUCCCUUUUUCCUGCAUUUUCAGUGAAUAUAUUGUCAUACAUUUCACAUGAAUUCUGAUCUGGCUCAGAAUGGUUCACCUUAAGACCCCCUGCAGUGUAUCAGAUUUGAAAGCGAUCCAAAUCAAACUGAACUAUAGGGUUUUGCUGUUCACACCACCACACAGAUCUGCAACUCCUCUGUUUAAAAUAUAAUUAAAUAGAUUAGAUUUGAGCCACUUUAAUCUGCUGUUUGAACAUAACCAAAACCUACAUUCUCCAAAAUGUGUAACAUGAUUCAAAGGUCAUAUUAUGUUUCUCUAGACAAGAAUGUACAGCCUAAUGUCAUUCAUAAAGUUUAUAUUAAAUAUUAAAAUAUUGUUUCACCAAAACCACAGAAGUUUAGAAGGUAUCUGGAGAUGUGAAAUGUCUGAUCAGAGGUCUGUGUUGUUUAGUCACAGUUUCCAGUGCAGUGCAUGAAGUGUAGUGAUGUAAAAAAAAAAAAGGCAGAGUAAACACAAGUGAUGCAAUGAUGUUGUAACUAGUAGAGUUCGAUACUCAACACUGUAAGCUGGCCUUGUUGUUUGAAAAGGGAAUAAAACAUUACGAAUUCUGUCAA